UUAUACAGUACAAAAUGCCAUUAACGCUCAUUGUUAUUAAUCGAUAAACGUUUCGAUAUUAAUUAUAGGUAUGCUAUGAUAAAUUCGUGUAAAACUUUUAUAGUGAUAUUUUAGUGUAUCGGAUUAUUGAAGAUCUUUGAGUCUAUCUACACAAUGUAUUCGCUAGAUCAUCAUAGUCUACAAACAUUGUCAUCUAUCAUAUCGUUUGAAUUUCUGUCGAUAUUUUUUUUCCAUUUUGAGUAAAAAAACCAAAUGUAGUUAUCGAGAAAAUAAAUCCCCACUCUUAGUUUUGUGACGACUGACCUCGGUACGGCGCAACAACUUGCUCGUAUAAAGUAGUACAGUUUUAGUGGAAAAAGUUAAUGACGUUCGCUGAUAACUAGAACCUCCUCGGUCUUCCUCGAAGAACGGAAAGUUUGACAUCUUUGGUUCCCCUGUACCCAAGCGGUAGAUUACAAAAAGAAGAAGAGGAGGCGAAAUAUUGUUAGUCGUAUCAGUGAUUUCUUUGUGACAACAUUUCGUAUUGCGUUUUUUGUGUAAUUAUUGACGUCGAAAAGAUGCACGCACGAAAAAUAAAGUUUUACAAUGGCAACGAAGUGCCAAUCCUCGGCUUGGGCACAUGGAAGCCUGAAGAAGGAGAAAUUACACAAACGAUAAAAGAUGCUAUUGAUAUCGGCUAUAGACAUUUCGAUUGUGCUCACCUUUACGGUAAUGAGAAGCAAAUCGGUGCCGCUAUUCAGGAGAAAAUAGCGGAGGGCGUUGUGAAAAGAGAAGAUUUAUUUAUCACCAGCAAGUUGUGGAAUACCUUUCACAAGCCUGAUCUGGUUGAGCCAAUCAUCAAACAAACGCUAGCUGAUCUUGCUCUCGAUUACGUAGAUCUCUAUUUAAUGCACUGGCCGUUUGCAUACAAAGAGGGUGAAGAUCUUCACCCUACACAUUCUGAUAAUACUGUUGUAUUGAGUGACGUAGAUUACGUCGAUACUUGGAAAGCUAUGGAGCGUGUAUUAUCCAAAGGCCUGACAAAAAGUAUCGGCGUCAGUAACUUCAAUUCUGAACAGAUUACCAGAUUACUUGAGAAUGCAAUAAUUAAACCUGUUACAAAUCAGAUUGAAUGCCAUCCAUACUUAACUCAAAAAAAAUUGUCGAAAUUUUGCAAGGAAAGAGACAUUCUUAUUACAGCGUACAGUCCACUCGGAUCACCACAGAGGCCAUGGGCUAAGCCAGACGAUCCAAAAUUGUUGGACGAUAAGAAAUUAAUUAAACUUGGACAAAAGUACAACAAGACUUCUGCACAAAUACUGAUUCGUUAUCAAGUAGAUUGCGGCCAUAUAGUAAUUCCCAAAUCGGCUACCAAGUCACGAAUUGCUCAGAACAUGGAGAUAUUUGACUUUAAACUUUCACCAGAAGACGUUGCUUAUAUUGACAGCUUUAAUUGCAAUGGAAGAUUGUGUCCAGCAUCUUGGGCAAAAGCUAGUCCCUAUUAUCCGUUCAAUAUUCCAUUCUAAGUAAUUAAGUGAGCAAACACAUCUACACUGUUAAAAAUACGCAGCAAAAUUUAAUGUAAUGCAACGGAAGCAAAUGUCAAGCGGGUACGUAAAAAAAAUUUAAUGUUAUCAAAAGUGCACUAAAUUUCAUGCACGUAUUUUUCAGUAAUAUGUACAUUAAAUUUAGUGUACUUGUGCAACUUGAAAAUACAUUAAAUUUUCACAUUUUUAACAGUGUAUAAUGUAUCUACGUGUCUUCUAAUUAACUUUUUUUGUAUUAAAACAUAUUUUUAAAUAACUAUUAAUUUGAGGAUACAUAAAUAAUAUUAUCCCCUACUUAUAAUACUUCAAAUUAUAACAUUUCUUUAUAAUAAUAUUUUUUUGAACAUUAGAAAUAAGAAUAUUCUCAUUACUGUGUUUUUCAAAUAUCAAUCUGCUCGUAUAAAAUUUAAUUGUAUCGAAACACUGUACAUACGUUGAAAUAAAGAAAUUUAAAUGCUA